UCACUAAAAUGCCACUGACAGAAAAAAGAAGACGCCGCUGUUGAGUGAAUGUGAAUGAGGCUAUUUUUAAUUUGCGACUUUUACUGAGUCAAAAUCUUUAGGCGGAGUUAUUCCUCGAGAAAAGUUUAUUAGUGUUUUUAAAUUUUGCUUCGUACAAGUUGAAAAUGUUGGGGUCCGGGGACAACGGCCACAUCAUAAAACUGCGGGGGUUGCCUUUCUCCACGACCGUGGAAGAUGUCAUCGAUUUCUUGGGUGGCAUCAACAUCAUCAAUGGAAAAGAAGGAGUUCACCUUACUGAAGUCCGUCCAGGCCGACCGUCGGGUGAAUGCUUCGUGGAGCUCGAGUCCCAGGAGGAUGUGGAAGAAGCCCUAAAGAAGGACAAGGAGAAUAUGGGAAAGAGAUACAUUGAAGUUUUUUCUACUGACCGUCAAGACAUGGAGUGGGCUCUAAACGCCAUGCGCCAAGGUGAAAACGGCUUCGACAGUCUUCCCAACCUGAGCGAUGACUUAGGCAUAGUCAAGCUCCGAGGGCUGCCCUUUGGGUGCUCCAAAGAUGAGAUCAUCCAGUUCUUCGAUGGGUUGAGCGUCGCCCCGGACGGGGUGCACUUGCUAUCGGACCACUCGGGGCGGGCAUCGGGCGAGGCGUUCGUUCACUUCGUUGACAAGGGCCACGCACAGGAGGCCCGCAACAGGGACAGAGAGAAAAUAGGACACAGGUACAUAGAGGUGUUUAUCAGUAACGCGGAGGAGGUCCGCGCCUACAACUCGAGGAUGGAGGGCAAGAUGCACUCCGGCAGUCGCGGCUACCGGCCCACGCCGUACGACCGGAAUGACCGGUUCAGUGGCGGCCGCUUCGGGAAUAGAGGCAGGGGAGGCUCUUUUGCCAGAGAAAGCGGCGGCUUCGGCAACGGGCGCGGCGGGUUCCGCAGCCGCGGCGGCGGCGGCGGCUCGCACUGCGUGCACAUGCGCGGCCUUCCCUUCAAGGCUACCCCUCAGGAUAUAGCCUACUUCUUCAAGCCGAUCCGGCCGGCUAACAUCAACAUCUUGUUCGACAACAGCGGGCGGCCGUCUGGCGAAGCGGACGUCGAAUUCGAGUGCCACGAGGAUGCCAUGAGGGCGAUGAGACGCGACAAAAACAACAUGGACCACCGCUACAUAGAACUCUUCCUAAACUCUUCGCCCAGCGGUGGCGGUGGCGGCGCCUUCAAGCCCAACAGAAGCAACUUCCGAAGCAACUACUAACUUCGACCUUACGCCCGCGCUCGAAGGUACACUUCAGGUUGGCACCAUCGGGUAGCAUUAGAGGGCGGUACGUGCAAUUUUACAAAUGUGCGAUUUUGAACUUUGUGUUUU